AUGACCGCAUUGAAAAACAAUCAGAGAUCCAACCAUUACAAUAUACGUCUGUUGUUGGCCGAGCGUGAACCAAACACAACUUCUACAAGCCUUGCCGAGACUCUUCUCUUGUUCCCCACAUUGGUCUACCUUGACCUCUCAUAUACCACACCUGCGCGAGAUCGUGGCGUUCUAUGCUCGCUCUCCCAACUUGAGUAUCUUCAAGUGUUGAAAUUACGCGGCAUCGGUUUAAAGGACAAUGACGCCGAAUUCCUAGCCAAUGCAAUUGGACAACGGGUCCGUUGUCUGGACCUGAGGGACAAUAUGCUCACUGAUAUGGCGGUCCGCUCUUUGAUGGAGGCCUCUUUCCUCCCUCCGAAUAGCAGGGCCCAGCCAAGACCAAGACGCACUGGGACUUCACCAGAUCCUGUCUCGCAGUCUAUACUCUACGGGUCUGGCUCGGACCUUUUCAAACGCCCCGAUCUAGAUGAGCAGUUCAUGAAAAUUCUCGCCCAACCAGUCUCAUAUCACCCGUGGGUUGAGGAUUUACCACAUACGGGAAUCACUCAUCUGUACAUCACAGGGAAUCAGAUUUCGGUAGAAGGUGUGGCAAGCCUUUUAGCCUCUUCUCGACUGCACGCUCUCGAUUUUGGUACCCUCAAGACUCCAGAUGUGGCACACAAGCCCCUAAAAUUUGGAGAGAAGUACCCGGGAGCUGAAAAGCUAGUGCCACUAUUAGGAAAAGUCGCAGGAGACAAUUUGGUCUAUUUUCGAGCACACCACGCAGUUCUCACUGCAGAACCACCAUCCAAAGAUGCUGCACCGACGGCCCAGUUUUUACCGGAGCUUCCAGCACAGGAAAGUCCUAUUGAAGCUGACGACCCUGCUGAAUUGGACGCAUCUCGAGAGGUUCAUGAGCUACCUGAAGAGACACGACCUGUUUUUGAACUGGCUGAUACGUCGAUUGACGAGCCAAUGAGCCCGGCCCCAACUUUGCCUAAGAUUCAAGAGCCGACGACGCAUGAGGAUGAGCCACCGUCAGCCAGACGUGGAUCGGCUUUUGCGCCGGAAGUCGUGCAUCCCAUCCCAAUACGCAAUACAAAUGGUAGUAUCGUGCUAGGCCCCUCUGAGGCAGGGAUAUCUUUCCCCGAGAGGACUGGGGGAAACACGUCGCCAUCUAUCUCAAUGUCAGAAUUCGCAAUGGCCACCAGUUCCUCUCUCCGGACAUUGCAAUGCAGCUCCACGAUAUCAACAGAUGAUCCGAGAGCAAAAAGAAUCCAAGAAUUGCUGGCCAAGAGACCACGAAACAAAUCAAUCCCACUCCAAGGAGGGAAAGAAAGCCGGUUUCCCUACCUCCACCCAUCGCAUAUUCCCCAUAUGGAAACUCUGGUUUUGACAGAUGUACCGUCUCACGUGGCACCCAACUCAUCAAUCAUCACAGCUCUCAUACGGUUUAUCACUGCCUGCUCCAAUGAAUCCUUGCUGGCAACCCUACAAGCAGGAUCAGACUACUCUCUUCCACCGGGACAAGCACGCAUGCGAGCCGAACAACAACGAUCACGAUCUCUCUUUGGUUUACGGCGAUUAGUCCUCGAAAUCACACCCGUCGAUACAAAGUUGACUUCAUGGAAACCCGGAAACCAAUACAAUGGCACUGGACAUUCUAGCACCGGUGACCGUGAUUCAGAGAACCUCUGGUCUGCUGCAGUUGAUGAUUUUAGUUUCUUUGGGGAAGAAGAGUGCGGAAUUCCCGAGAAUGAUCCGGGUAAAUACUUCCCAAUGGCUGUGCUAAACGAAAAGGUCUCGCUUAUGCCGGAUGAUGACUCGGCUCGUUCGCCUGAUUCUCCGCGUCUUAGGCGUCAUCCGUCACAAAGUAGCAUAAACACCCCGAGGCCAUCAGGGAAACCUGAAAAGAGUAAACAGCAGCAGAUACAAACUCUUGAUCUUGUUGCGGAGCUUGCGGCGUUCCGUCGUACCAAAAAGGCAGAGUAUGAGCAUGUGGUUCGCCUUGAGAGAGGACGGCGGAGCACGUUUGGCACCAGCACUUCCAGUCUUUCUCCAUCAACACCGCAGAUCUCUCUGACGAACUUUGUCGAAGGCCAUUGGAAAGGGGAGGUAAAGGUUGUGCGGAACCCAAAACCCAACAUGCGGACCGGAAUGGUCGACAUGUAUGGGAACCAUUUCGAGAAGGGAUACUUGUACCCAUGA